UGUGGCACUGCUCCCCCUGCCCUGAGCCCCAGCAGUGACCUUGAGCUGUGUUUGGGCUCUUCAAGUGGCUGGGAGGCUGCAGAGCUGCCCUGGGGACACACAGUGGGGACAGCCAAGCCCAGCACCAUCUCCUGGCUGGGCAGCUCCUGCCAUCAGGUAUCUCCCAAGCCUCAGAGUGGUUGUGCUAUUUAUUAAUCCAUGAUUAGUUGCCAUCUAAUUGUCUCCUUGCUGACGUAUCCACAAAUCCCUGAGUGUUGCAGGGUGCUGUGCCAGACCCACCUCCCUGCACCUCAGCACUGAUCCAUACUUGUUUGAGCAGUGCCACCUUCAUUUUUGCAUAGACUGUGCUUGGGUCAUCCUCAUUCCUUCCAGGUCAUGUACCACAGAGCUUCAGAGCACAUGGAAAUGGGGAUUGCAGGGAAUCAGUCCAGGAGGAGCUGCCACCCCCCAGCCCCCUGCCUCUCUUGUCCCUGUGUUCCCACCAGUGUCCAUGUGGAUGCUCUGAGCAUCACAGUUAUGCUGUCACCCAUGAGGCAGGACUGGACAGGUUUAUGCCAGGGCUUGGUGCUUUAUUCAUGGUACAACAUCUCAGCUGGGAAUUUCCUUGACUGCCUGUGGCCUGUGCCCUGGCUCAGCACUGCCCAUAUAGCAAGGAACUCCCAUCUCCUCCUGUGUUUUCCUGCAUCCAGGAGCUGUAGUUCCUUUAAAGGAAAGUAUUGCCAGCUGCUUAAGAUAUUAAAAAAACCAGCCUGGAAUGAUUUUCCCCUUGCUUCCUGGCUCCUCCUUUUCCUGGAUUUAAAAUUCUCCACUACCAAGAUUACCUGAAAGUUUUAAAUUCUUUCCAAGAGCAGCUGAGCUUUGCAGGUGCUGGUUUUGUUCCAGAGCAAGGCCCCAAGAAAACUACAGGUACCUGAUGACAACACCAUGAAAACUGUCCAUGAAACCUUAUGCCAGAACUGUAACAGAGUCUGUGCAGAUAUCCCUGAUUUCCCAUUAUUUUCCUUUUCCAUGGUGGGUAAGGCACUCUUGUCUCUCCAGCAGCUCCCUGGCACUGUGCAGUGCUGGGUCUCAGGACUGAAAGGGUUAAAAGCACUGUGCCGAGGAAUACUUGGGCAACAAUAAGAUGCUUACAAAAAUUGCAAGCAAUAUAGAAGCUCGAUUAAACUUGACAAGAAAUAGGGAACAAAACUUGCAAAAAUGAAGGACAGAACUUGCUAAAACCAGUGAGGAAAUCGCUGAAACAGCUCACGAGAGACUGCACAUGCCUGGAGGAGAAAGGUGAAAAGGGCACGGUGAUGAAGACAUCCGGCCUUCAUCAGGGACAGCAAUGGUCACUGCACCACAGUCACUGCACCAGGUGACAAAAAUGACAAGAUGUCCCAACAGCCAGGGCUUGCCAACUCUCUCCUGCAGAGCAGAAACUCAGGAGAAUGCAGGAAAUGUCAGAGACCUCACCGGGUGAUGUAGACGCCACAACAGCUCCACUAGCAGAGAACUUCCUGAGCUUCAGCUGGGCUUUGGAAGGGAUUUCCUAAAGCCUCUGCCCUUCCUGGCUGCCCCUGCCCUGCUGAGCAAACCAGCACAUGGAAAAGCAGCCCUGGCUGAUGGCCCUGAGCAAUCAGCACCAGAGUCCAAAGGAUGAGUGAGGCUGUUCAACUCCAGACAGAAACACACCCCUAACUGCUGAGGCAGAGCAGGCAGCAUGCUCUGUACUGUCCUACAGUACUGUAGGCUGGGAUUUUAACUAUCAAAGAAAAAAAAUUAUGCAAUGGUAUUUUUUUAUGAUGCUGAGAAUGCAAAAUGGAUGGUUGGGAUCUAUUCUGAAAAGGGGGAAGGUGUCCUCCUCUGUACUUACUAGAGAGGCACCUUCUGUGCAGGAAGAAUUCCCUUCAAAAAUCCAGUAGUUCAGGAUUGAAACUUGCAUGCUUUUAUUUGAUCUGAAUUUCUUGACCUGUCUUUUGUAAUAGGUGUUCCCACAACAUUGUGGAAGAAAUGCAAACUCCAGAACUCACUUUCUGGAGUGUUUAUUUCCCUGUAACAUUCUGACUCUUGGACAAUGAGCUGGUCUGCUUAGCAGGGGAAAAAAACAACCAAACCAACGAAAAACUCCAAGAAAAACACCAAACUCCCCUGAAUGGGACUCUGAACUGGUCUUAAUCCAGUGAUCUGGACCAGAAGGAAUAUUCUGUACCCUGCAUACUAUUCCCAGAGUGGGUAGAAACAGCUGCUCUGGACUGCCAGAGCUGCCUUUGGCUCUGUCUCCCAGAUGUUUGCCUAGAGCACUGUUUGAGCUGCUCCUCCACCAAAGGGUCCCAGUGCAGGGCCUCUCUUGACAAUGGAUGUGGAAUGUGGUCCUUUUGAGGAGAGCUCCAGGGGUUCCAUGGCUCCACGAGGUCACAGUGCAGUGCUGGGUGCCUGGUGCUCUGUCAGCACUCGUGCAGCGGGUGCAGGUUUGCCCUGGAUCCCCUUGGGCAGCACAUGAGGCACAUGGUCCUGAGUGCCCCCAACCAGGCCAGCUCUGGGAGCCAGCGUGUGCCCAGGGAGCAGAGACUGAGCUGUGACUGCAGGGCCAUGUCAGGGAUCCACUACAAGUUCUCCUCCAAGCUGAGCUAUGACAUGGUCACGUUUCAUGGCCACAGCAUCUCCCUGGGUGACCUCAAGCGCCAGAUCAUGGCCCGCGAGAAGCUGAAGGUGACCAACUGUGACCUGCAGAUCCUCAAAGCUGAGACCAAUGAAGAAUACUCUGAUGAUGCACAGAUCCCAAAGAACGUCUCGGUGAUUGUCAGGAGAAUCCCAGCUCGAGCUACAGCUCCUAAACUGCACCAACCCCUAGGAAAGGCUUCCAGGUGACCUUUCUAUCACUGUUUGCAGUCACUGUAGCAUCUGUAACCCACUGGGCAGGAUGGCAGAGGUCUGAGCACAGGGCUUGGGCUCCCACAGAGAAACCCCACUCUGGAGAUGGAGCUGCUGACAUUUCUGGGAGUGCUUUGGCACUGGAGGGAUUAUUUUUCACUGAAAGAAACCUGAACUCCUGAGUGUCAACACUGUCACUGUUCUGGCUAAGAAACUACACUCCUGGGUAACUGGUGACACUGUAGAAAUGAGAUUUUGGGGCCUUGUUUGAGUUGGAUUGAAGGUACCAAGAGAGAAGUGUUUAUGAAAACAAAUAAAUCUCCACCUUCACUCAACUAUCAGAACAUCAUGGUUUGAUGUCCAGGUGUUCUUGUCGGUUUUCACUGCUUGCUGCUGGUUCCAAGUGCUUCAUUUGAAGUUCUGAUCACUUCUAUUUCUUCUGCCAGGAAUCAAAAUGGGCCAGUGAGGGGAACAUCCAAGGCAGUAUGUAACACCCCAGCCUCACACUUCUUCCUACACACUGCACUUCACUCUAAACAGUGCAGCCUUGUAUUAAUUUUCUGGAUAUUGGACGUGAAUGUGGUUUAAUGCUUUUGUGAACAGAUUGCUGACUCUUCUGCCUCUCUUUCUCUGGCCCGGCUCAUUAAGGUAUAGAGAUAUUCUUUGUCAAAUGCUUAAAAAAUAUCCUUUCCUUAGUCUUUUAAAAUCUCACACUGUGAUCUACACCUGGAUAAUUGUGGUAAUGUGAUCAAAACUGUAUUUUUAGUAAUUUAAGGUGUUUAUUUGAAGUUUGAAAUGCAUGUAUUGUGAUGCUACCCUGGAAAGAGAAGUUCCCAGGCUGGGAAAAGGGAAGGGGAGCACCUUUAUCAGCCCCAAUGUAAGGUUGCAUCGUGACUCCUCUUCAAGACCCAAAGCAGCAGCACUUCAGCACCCAUUUCCCAUUCUGUAUCAUCAGUUUUGCACUGGAAACUAACAGUUUGUGUUGUACAAAUGUGUAGAGAAGAACUGAACUGGCUGGAAGUUAUGUACAUUUCAGGUAGGUUUGCAGCAGCCAAAACAAACUUCUGGAACAAGAACACUUGUGUGGCUUCAGUUUUGAAUUUCUGGUCAUGACAACUAUAGAUCCAUCCUUGGUUGCUGCACUUGUUCACAAAUUGGGGUCUGGAGACAGUGGACAACACAAUCUCCUUUGUUUGACUGCAGACAGUGUAAAUGGUUUUGGUAUCAUUAUUACUUUGUAAAAAGUGAUAUAUUUGAAUUUGGGUCUAUUCCUAGACAUGUUUUGGGGUUUGGUUGUGUUUUGUAAACCAUUUGGGCUCAAGCACCUUGGUCAUGUGUCUGUAAAUGUUGAUGGAAAUGGUUCCAGAGCAGUGGAUCUGGAUCGUGUUCCUGUACAGAAAAACACUCUGUCAAUGAAACACCCAUUUAUUAAAUUUCUGGAUCAGUUGCUUUUGUGAAGCAAUAUCUGUGAAAGCAAAACCUCAAGAGGUUGGUCUCUCCUGGGCUGCAUGGAGGCUGUUGUCUUUGGCUGUGGAGUCUCAAACAUGUUCUUCAUGUGCAUGUCCAACCCUCCCCUGUCACAGACCCCCAAUCUGGCUGAGGCCGAUGCUACGGAAGAGGACAAGAUCAAAGCCAUGAUGAUCCAGUCCUCCUGUUACUAUGGGCCCCUCAAGUAAGUGUUAGUAAGGUCAAAUUUGGUCUUGGAAGAACAUGGAAAAAUCACAUGUUUAUCUCUUGUUUUAACAAGGGACACACAUUCCUACCAUCCUCUUUUUUUGCUCCCAAAAACUUGCAGUGACCUGAAGACACCCCUGGGUCCUGUUCCAUCAUCCCCUGCCAGCUCUGUUCCCAGGCUUAAAAGGAGCUCAGGAAUUCCCAAGAGUUUUAUGGUGGAGGUGAAAGAUCCCAACACAAAGGGAGCAAUGCUUACACCCAGUGGGAAAUAUGCCAUCCCAAUUAUAAAUUUGUAAGUAUGGAAUUAAUUGCACUGACCAAAAGUGACCGAGAGAAGCCAUGUGGAAAUGUCUGAGUGGCAAAGGCACCACUCUGGCCACCACCUGUCCUUGUGGGGCAGGGAGCAUUGCCACUGUAGCUGAUCUAUCCCAUAGGUCAUCUAAAAAUCCCAGAUUUCAUAAGCAAGGAAAUAACAACUGCAGGACUAGAACAGGACAAAUCUAUUUUCCUGAGGCAGCAAUGCAGGGAGUCCAAAAUCCAUCUGUAGCUCUGGAAGUUCACUGUGCACAGGAGAGUGGACAGAGAUGGACUCUCUGUGUGUUUUAGCACUCACACAGUAACUGCUUUUCUCCCUUGGCAGCAGGAACUUUUCCCCAGUACCAACUUCUUCCAUGGGCAGCAGCGUCAUGGCAUGAGCAGAGGCAGAGGAGAGAAAACACCCAAACCAAAUUGAGAAGGAAAACAACUGGGGAGAGGGACUGUUUUGAAUUAACUAUAUAAUGUCCUUCUUUCACCCAUACAGAACACAACAACAACAGCCAAGGUCUCCAGCUGGAAUGGAACCUCCAAUGAAAAAAGUGAAGAAGGCAAAGAAGCCAGUUUAAUUCAUGUUCCUCAUUCCUCAUUCCCCAUUAAUGUUCUGUAUUAAUGUUCAUAAUUAUUUGUUCUUCUUUCUUGUUCUACCUUCCUAUUCUUAUUCCAUUGUUCUUUAUUCAUUUUCUUAUUUCAUGUUCAUAAUUAAUUGUUCACUUAUUGUUCUUAAUUCUUCUUCACUGUUCUUAUUUCAUCUUCCUACAGUCUCUUGCAAGAUAUAUUUGGACAAUAAAGAACACAGCAAUGAAAGGAACUUACUUUGUUCUACUUUUCCCUAGAUGUGCUGCUUAUUACAAGCCUUGCCUUGUCACUGGAAAUGAAUUUGAUUGGUCACUACUGCAGACAGCUGCCUUUGAUGCUAGUUUCCUUUCUAAUACUGUAUGCAACAAAAAACUCAAGAAAUUAGCAAUAAGAAAAAAUCUUGAAAGGUGAAAAAACCAACGGAGGCAAUAGUGAUUAAAGCUAGGAUGUGCUACAGAGGAGCCACAGGAGUCUCCCAUAUUCACACCUGACAAAGAACAGCAGAAGGUGGCUGACACUGUCAGGAUGCAGGAACUAUAUUCCCUUUCCAUGUUGUCAGGUUUCCCAAUCCUUGAAAGCAGAUUUGAGAGUCCUCUAUGGUUUAUUUCCUCAACUGGCUCAUAAGCCAGCUCUGGAUCCCCUCACCUAAACAUCGCUGCCAUAGAGCUUUGAGGCAGGAAGGACUAAGGGUGAACAGAGCGAGUUUUGGAAAGGGGCAGGUGGGGGUGGGUGGUGGCUGCUGAAAGGAAGAACUUUGUUUGUCUUCCCCCACAGCC